GCGACUGUCACAAGAUGGCCUGAAAGAGCAGAGCAGCGGUGCUGGAAACCAAGUCGCAGCUCAGGAGGAGGCGAUCUGAGCGCACCAGAAUGUUCUGGAGACGCGACUUCAUAUAAUAAGACUUCUAAUCAUCAUCAUUGGUCUAUUAUUAAAGGGAUUACAUGGGAACAGAAUUCCUGUCUUCUCCUGGUACCACUCUCCUGCCAACGCUUCAGAACACAGAGGAGGAAGCUGAAAUGAGGACUGUCUAUGGAUUCAGGGUAACAAGCAACUGGAGAAAACCAGAGUGGCUGGUGAUUUCUAAACUCCAAUAACAUACCGGAGACUGGCCUAAGUGUGUGGAUGAGAUGGAUGAGCAAGUGAACCCGCUGGAGAGAGAUCACUCCCUGUGUGUGGUUCUCCCAGAGGGACUGAAGAAGAACGUCGUGGUGCACGGGAGUAAACCGGUGAUGGAUUUUCUGGUGACACUGUGUGCAAGCCAUCACCUGAAUCCCUCUGACUACACCGUGGAGUUUCUGUCGCCCGACAAGAACAGCGUCAGCUUUAAGCCAAACUCUCCCAUCGGCUCGCUGGAAGCGGAGAAGAUGGUGUUGAAGCCCAAAGGGACUGAGGAGAAGAUGAAAAGGCCGUACAUGCCAGAGGCGACAGUUCGUCUUUUGGUGAGCUACAACAGGUCCCACAAGACGGUGGUGCGAGUUAGUCCCAGAGUGCCUCUUGAGAUGUUGUUACCAGUGAUUUGUGACAAGUGUGAGUUUGACGUAGGGACAACUGUCCUCUUGAGAGAGGCUCAGUCCACAGAGCUCCUGGACUUGACAAGGACUCUGAAUGACUAUGGCCUGAGGGAAGUGUUUGCUAAGGACACAUCAGCCAAGCACCAUAUGGACUACCAAAUCAGGGCGGCUGAAACAGCAGAAGUCAUCUCUCUACCUCUUAUACAAGAUUUGCCAAAAAAGGAGAAGAAACCAAAGAACCGAGGUUUCUUCAGCUUUUUCAGAAGAAAGAAGAAGAACCAUGAAGCGGGCUCUGUGAGCGCCCCCGUGUCUCCUGGUGUUGGUCAACGAGUGGGAGUUCGUGUGAAUCCAGAUAACGUUUUGUCUGCUAGCACCCUGCCAGCAGAUCUACCCAAGAAAAGACGGGCCCCUCAGCCACCUGUGGGGGCUUCACAGAGUGUCCCCAACAACCUCAGCACCUGCCAUGCAAAAGGAGCUCAGAGGUCUGCAGAAUCCACCAUAAGGAGCACCAAAAGGAGGGCUCCACCUCCUCCCUGUGCCACCACACAAGUCGAGUGUUUGAACACUCUGGAGGAACUGCAAGAAACUGAUCAGUCACCUCAUCCUUCUCAGCCAUCGUCUUCUCCGCCUCCCCGAACUCGUCUCCAUGAAGCCACUGAUCCCUUUCUGUCGUCGUUACGAGGGCGAGACUUAUCCGACGCCCGCUGCGCUCUCGCCAAAGUCCUGACAUCUUCACUUUCCAAUGCAAUGCUGGUUAAACGUUUGAGGAACUCUGCUGCAAACUUUUACGUCUCUUCCUGUGUGUCCAUGGGCUCAGGUCGUCCAGACGAUGGAGGAUUCUGCGUAGAACACGAGUCUGUUCUUGGAUCUGACCUCCCAACUGAGAAUGAGUGGGACGACCCAUUACAGAGGAGCAGAUUUACCACAUUUAAAGUGGUUCCCCCCAAAAAACCAACAUUGUGUGAUUCGGAGGAGACUGCAGCUGUCUCAAAUCAGGGCCAAGUUUCAGCAGAAGAUGGUCCUGUGCCUGAAGUUUCCCUUGAAAAUAAGAAUGAGGAAACCAUUGAGGGAGCUCUGUGUUCUUCUAGCAAACCAGAAAAUGGAAUGUCUCCAAGUCUUGGUUUUCAUCACAAUCAAAUGAAAAACAGUCCAGCUUCUUCUCUACAUGAUCAGCUCAACUCUGUCAACACUGAGAGCCAGAAGGAGGAGGCAAAGGCUCCAUCUGAAGUAAUCCAGUCUGAAAGCUCAGAAUGUAGUAAUGAAGAAGUUAACAGCAAUCAUCACACCAGGAAUGAGGAUCAGCAGAGUCCCAGCCCAGACAUGGAACCAUGGAGUUCCUGCAUUGAUGAGAAGAAAGCUGAGGAGGAGGAUGUUCAAGAUGAGGAGGAAGAAGCUAGCUUUCCUCCCCCGCCUCCACCCGUGUUUUUCAAAGAAGACAUGGAAAAUGGAGCUUCUACAAGCUCCUCUCAACAAUCAGAUUCUCCCAUGAAUGUUCACACCAGUGCUCAGGAGAACAGCGUGCCUGUGUCUGAACCAUCUCAGGACAAAACUAAGGUGGGCCAAUCCAGAUUUGCACAGGCAGUAGCCAUGGCCGUCCAGAGAUCUCGCCUGCAGAGCCUUAAUGAAGACAUGGGCUCCCGGGUCCCCAACAAUUCACAUGAUGCGCUUCCAUCACCGUCCAGGUCCACCUACCAGCAUGGACCCCAACAGACGAUGGCUCACUGGUCCGACAGCAUUCAGCUGUAGAUGCACCAAAGGUAUCGGACCUGCGUCCACACAUUUCAUUUACUAGAAAAAGAUGUUAAAUACGGGAAUUCAGUACCAACCUCAGCUAAUUUAUUUUUGCAAUGCCCUUUUUAAAAAGACCUGACUUUUUUUUUAAAUAUCUUUUGUCUAAGUCGUCUUGUUUUAUUUUACACAUUCAUAUUGAAGUACUCCAGGUCCAGACUGCCAAACCUAUUAACUGUCUUUUACCUUGUCCACCAUUGUGUGCCAUGACAGAACAUCAAACUGUUAGUUUUAUUUAUUAUUUAUGCCGGAGAAAUGGCUGUUUUCUGUAAAUGUGAUUCUUCAGGCGCCAGCCGGACAGCCAUUUGGUGUUUUAUGAUGUUUGUUUUCCAGCCAGCAGGUGGCAGUAGAGUGUUGCUUCUACAAUAAACAUCUCAACAGCU